CUCACGGAGGUGUAGUCAGAGCCAUGUUUGCAGGAGCCUGCUCACCAGCCGCGUGGCGUUGGUGUCUGGGUGGGCCUGUGACCAUCCCCCCCCCCCGCUAAGAUGAGGAAACUGAGGCAUAGCUCUUUAUCUGACUUGUCUUCGCUCCUCCCUGAGGACUCCUGUGAGCAACCUCCAUGAGGCCCUGGACCAGUGCAUGACGGCCCUGGACCUGUUCCUCACCAACCAGUUCUCAGAAGCACUCAGCUACCUCAAACCCAGAACCAAGGAGAGCAUGUACCACUCGCUGACGUAUGCCACCAUCCUGGAGAUGCAGGCCAUGAUGACGUUUGACCCCCAGGACAUCCUGCUUGCCGGCAACAUGAUGAAGGAAGCACAGUUGCUGUGUCAGAGGCAUAGGAGAAAGUCUUCUGUGACAGACUCCUUCAGUAACCUGGUGCACCGCCCCACCAUGGACCAAUUCACAGAAGAGGAAAUCCACGCUGAGGUCUGCUAUGCAGAGUGCCUGCUGCAGAGAGCGGCGCUGACAUUCCUGCAGGAUGAGAACAUGGUGAGCUUCAUCAAGGGGGGCAUCAAAGUUCGAAACAGCUACCAGACCUACAAGGAGUUGGACAACCUUGUCCAGUCCUCACAGUACUGCAAGGGAUCGAGCCACAGGCACUUUGAAGGAGGAGUGAAGCUUGGUGUAGGAGCCUUCAACCUGACAUUGUCCAUGCUUCCCACUAGGAUCCUGCGGCUCCUGGAGUUUGUGGGGUUUUCAGGAAAUAAGGACUAUGGGCUACUCCAGCUGGAGGAGGGCGCCUCAGGACACAGCUUUCGGGCUGUGCUCUGUGUCAUGCUGCUGCUGUGCUACCACACCUUCCUUACCUUCGUGCUUGGUACUGGGAAUGUCAACAUCGAGGAGGCAGAGAAGCUGUUGAAGCCCUACCUGAAUCGAUACCCCAAGGGCGCCAUUUUCCUAUUCUUUGCUGGGCGGAUUGAAGCCAUCAAAGGCAACAUUGACGCAGCCAUCCGGCGGUUUGAGGAGUGCUGCGAAGCCCAGCAGCACUGGAAGCAGUUUCACCACAUGUGCUACUGGGAGCUGAUGUGGUGCUUCACCUACAAGGGCCAGUGGAAAAUGUCCUAUUUCUAUGCCGACCUGCUCAGCAAGGAGAACUCCUGGUCCAAGGCCACCUACAUCUACAUGAAGGCCGCUUACCUUAGCAUGUUUGGGAAGGAGGACUACAAGCCCUUUGGGGAUGAUGAAGUGGAGCUAUUUAGAGCUGUGCCAGGCCUCAAGCUCAAGAUUGCUGGGAAAUCUCUACCCACAGAGAAGUUUGCCAUCCGGAAGUCCAGGCGCUACCUCUCCCCGAACCCUAUCUCAUUGCCAAUCCCUGCUCUGGAAAUGAUGUACAUCUGGAAUGGCUAUGCUGUGAUUGGGAAGCAGCCGGAACUCACAGAUGGGAUGCUUGAGAUUAUUACCAAUGCUGAAGAGAUGCUGGCAAAGGGCCCAGGUGACUACACUCAGGCCCUUGAACCUGCCAGGCUAGGGCAGGUCUUUACAGUUGAAGAUUCCCUCAGCCCAAAAUGCUUUUCCUCGCUUCUCUAUUCUGAGAAUGAGUACUCAGCAGAUGAUCAGUGCUUGGUGAAACUGUUGAAAGGCCUGUGUCUGAAAUACCUAGGCCGUAUCGAGGAGGCUGAGGAGAAUUUCAGGAGCAUCUCUGCCAAUGAAAAGAAGAUUAAAUAUGACCAUUAUUUGAUCCCAAAUGCCCUAUUGGAACUGGCCCUGCUGUUUAUGGAGCAAGGCAGAAACGAAGAGGCCAUCAAACUCCUGGAGUCAGCCAAGCAAAACUACAAGAAUUAUUCCAUGGAGUCAAGGACGCAUUUUCGAAUCCAGGCAGCCACACUCCAAGCCAAGUCUUCCCUAGAGAAUGGCACCAGAUCCAUAGUCUCAUCAUUGUCCUUGUAGCUUUGUAUAGCAUUCCUGGGCUGCAAGAUGAACAGAGACAGCUGGACAGAGCUCCUGGAAACAUUUCAAAAGAUUCCCUCCCCCUACCCUGCCCUGCCUUUGGGGUCCACCGGUGCUCCAGUGGGAUGGCACAGCAAGAGUAUCCAUGCAGAAGCAAAGCUGGCAUUUUCACUAGUGUGGCCACAGGCCUUUGCCAAGGGCAGAGCAGAUGGAGCCCUCUGCCUGCCCUAUCACACAUACGGGUACUUGUUUUUCACUGUGAUGUUUAAAGAGAAUGUAUGAACAGUUUACAUUUUCCUUAGAAAUACAAUGAUGGGAUUAUAGUUGGCUUUAAAAACAAAAACCAACCACCUGUAAACCUUUGUUUUCACCCACACUGAUGUGGCAGUAAAUCUCUUUAUAAGAUGCCAAAGGCCAAACUGCUUUUUAAGCCUCAGCAAAGACCUUCCUUUCAGAGGACCUAAAGAAUAUCCAGAGGGUCUGUGACUGAAUUUGAGGUUCCUGGAGGUAGGGCACAAAUGUCACAGACACCUACUCUCAUACUUCAUAUCCCCCCACUUAUUAACUGUCCAACUUAAAAAUCAAGCAGGUGUUUUUAGGGAGAUGAAGUUUGAGCCCAUCUGUAGAAAAAUCAGUUUCCACCAGUAGGGAACAGGGAUGCCAAGGCCCAGCAGAGGCACCUUGUAACCUUUGUGCGCCAAAACCAGGAACUUUGUGGGAAGUGAGGGAGGUGGUUUUCAGAAACCAGUCUGCAUCCUUGCUAUAUGCCAAACUAAAACCACUGGGAAUAAUGAAAUGAAAAUAUGUACUUCACUCCAAGGUAUGUUUAUUUACAGUCAGGUAUGUUUAUUUACAUUCUAUUUCUUAGAAAUAGAAUGAUUAUUCUUGGCCUGCUGUAUUAUGUUUUAGGUUUUUCAGUGAAGAGAUAUUUAAGUAAUAAAAUUUAUACACUUGAA